AUCAUUCACUUCUCACACCAAGCAAAGAAUCAAAUCACCCAAAUCGUAACAAAAUCAAUGUCUCUGCUAAAUCAAUAAACACAAAAAUCAAAUGUCCUUGCAAAAGUUCAAGCUUCUCGCAACUCAUUGCAGCACCGUCGCGGAGAGUCCAACGCGUAGUCCAGUCAUCCACCUCCGCCGUCGUAAAACGCUGCGUUUGUUACUCACACGAUCAUCAGAUCGAUGGAGAUUACCUGAGAUUCAGAACAACGUAGAUGAAUCGAAGAAAUCGGUUAAGAGAGAUAAGAUCAGAUCUCGUCGGAAGCUUAGAGAGCUUUUUGUUUCGUCGCCUCCGUUUGAGGUAAGUGGCGGCGGCGGUGGUGAGAAGGGGGUGAAGAAGAUGGAGGUGGAGGUGGAGAUGGAGAGGGAUGUACCGGUUAACGGUGUUAGUAAUAACGGAGGUUUUGGUGAAGAGAUAACGGGUCGGCGUGUGGGCUUUAAUGGGUCUGUUAGGCCCAUGUCGUCUUUUACACUUCGGUGUAGGUUACUUCGACGAUCUUGGCGUCCUGUACUUGUAACUAUUCCUGAACAAUAAAAACUCUGAAACAAAUAAAUUAUAUUAACAUUU